AUGACUCCUCCACUAACCCCUAUAAUAUUGGACAAACAAGCUAUCAGUGGGAUAACCGGCUCCAUAUCACUAGCAUGUUGGAUUAUCGUUUUCGCACCCCAGAUUUAUGAAAACUUUACGAGAAAAUCAUCGGAGGGUUUAUCAUUGACAUUUAUCAUAUUAUGGUUAGCUGGUGAUGUCUUUAAUGUUUUGGGAGCAGUUAUGCAAGGUCUACUACCAACGAUGAUUAUAUUGGCUGUUUAUUAUACUUUGGCUGAUGUUGUUCUAUUAUGGCAAUGUUUAGUUUAUGGCGAUGGAAAUGGCAACAACAAAGAAAAAGGUAACCCCGAUUUCACUCAUUUAUCACCAGCAACUCCUAUUAAUGAAGAUGUUUUAGAGUCGGCCUAUUCAAGUGGGAACCCGACAUUGCAGACGAGAGACGAAGAGGCAAGUGUACGAUCAGACUCUAAGACGACAUCGAGAUUGCAAACGACAUUACUCAAUACCCUUAUGGUUUCAUUGGUGAUCAUAUCAGGUAUAGUAGGAUGGUAUAUUUCCUACGUCAAAGAUUCUCAUCGCAAGCAUAAGCAUCCAGGUGAAGGUCAUCGUCCUGAAGAUUUGAUAUUCGACCCAUUAGCUCAAACAUUUGGCUGGUUAUGUGCUAUUUUGUACUUGGGGUCGAGGGUACCGCAGAUUGUCUUGAAUUAUGAGCGUAAAUCAUGCGACGGUAUUUCAUUUAUGUUUUUUUUGUUUGCAUGUUUGGGUAAUUUGACCUAUGUUAUUUCCAUUUUGUCGAUUGAUACUAGUUGGAAUUACCUCUGGGUGAAUUGUUCGUGGUUGGCUGGUUCGUUGGGUACGUUGGCUUUAGAUUUCACCAUUUUUGUCCAAUUCUUUUUAUACAAUGGCAGUGAAGAUGAGGCUUUUGAUAGUGAAAGUGAGUAUACUUCAUCUUCAGCUGAUGAACGUUUGCUCACAGGCGGUGGUAAUAAUAGCGCCUCGUAUGGAACUACUAGGGAGUAG